AUGUCAAGUGCAAGUAAACCUACCUCUCGCACUCUCAGCUGGCUCGACUCCCUGCCAUCCCCUGCCUCACUCUUCUGCGAUCCCGCCAGCACGAGCGAACUCUCAAGAAAGAGAAGGAAGACACAACAGCAGAGCCUGCCUAUACGCACCGCACUUGGCUGCAUCUCAUCAAAUAUCAUGGCACCUAGAAGCAACCAGUCCCCUCAGAAGCCCAAUCUAGUAGCAUUCCAGCCGCAGACACCCCCUAAACCGCUCAACGACGAUGACGAUAAGACUCCCAGACCACACCUGCAUACCGACCACAGCCUUCCAGCUCGCGCUCCAUCUUCUCCACAUAUGUCACCUACACGUUCCUCCCGUCGAAUAGCCGAAAAGGCCCCAUCAUCCGAAGCUGGCUCUUCCGCACUAUCAUCAUCGGCUCUCAUAGAGGAGAAUGACGCUCUGGGGAGAUUCAUCCCUCACGCGAGCACUACACCAUCAAGCUACCUACACUCCGAUCGCUUUGAGAUCACUAAGGCCUCGUUCAACGCCGCCGACUAUCCCUUCCCGCCUCCUCGUCUAGAGAGACUCACAGAAGAUCUCCUGCAGAUAGGCCAGGGGAUCAGUAUCAUACCCUACGAAUUGAAAGCACACGCAUUCCCAGACAUGUUCGCGGCAGAGCGUAAUAAGGCAUACGUGACGCUGAAAGGCUCUGUCUGCCCCGUCCAGCUACCGGGAGGCCAAGAAGCUAUCGAUGAAUUUUAUAAAGAGCUACGGAAGAUUCUUGCGGCAGCGAGUGAAUGUGAUGAGAAAGAUUGCUCUGAACCUAGCUGGAAUGACGAGGUACAUUCCCGGAUUCUGCGUCUCGCCCUGCAAGGGCAACGUAAGGAUACCCAUAUUUGGUACAGAAAUGUCACGAUGCAUAAGAUUACGAAGGAAGCAAAACCUCCAUUGUCGGGUAAAGCACAAGAUGGCUCUAUGGUCGAUUUCGCAAUAUUGAUCGAACCACCCAAUGAAACUCUGGCCAAGCUCAAUACCAUAUUUUCCAGCAACUGCCUCAACCAGACGGAUGCCAAAGAUUUGGAAAAGACAAUCCUCGCUACCAAUAUUGAGACCAAAGUUCAAGGUGCUCGGAGUCGCGCAAAGGGAAUUUGUCAACUCGCCGUCUGGACGCUUGCGCAGUUCACCAAGCUCAAGCUGCUGAAUCCGGGACUUCAAUGGACUGAUCUGCCUACUAUGCCAGUUAUCCUGACCGAACGCCACAGCUGGACCCUGCUCGUGAUGCGCAUGAUAAGCGAAACUGAGAUUCUCGUCCAUAUUGGACAGCAAGUCGGCAACACAGGUACCAUCAGAGGACUCUUCCAAGUCAUCGCGACAAUACAGCGCCUUGCGCGCUGGAGCAGGGAAGACUACAUGAAGUGGUGGGAGGACCAGAUCCUGAACCAGGAUACGAUUGCGGCUUGA